AGAGCAAUAGAAGUAGCCUUUGAUGCGCUGCGAGGGAAUGCAUGAACAGAAGACGAAGAUGAGCAGCGGCAAGAAGAGUGGACCCCCAAAGCAUCAGAACAAGUAUGCUUGGAACCCCAACGCUGGUCGCAAAAUCAAUGAAACUGAAGUUGGAGGAAGGUUGAGACCUUUGUCUGAUAUAACUGGAGUGUGCCCUCGUUGCAAGGAACAAAUUGAAUGGAAACGCCGUUAUGGCAAGUACAAGCCUCUUCUUCAACCUGCUAAAUGCCAGAGAUGUUCCAAGCGUGCUGUUCGCCAAGCUUAUCAUAACUUAUGUGCUGGUUGUGCCAAGGAGCAUGGUGUAUGUGCAAAGUGUUGUUGCAGUGGGGACCGAAUAGUUGGAAGGGAUUCUUUGGAAGUUGAGGCCGAGCAAAAAAUGCUUGAGGAGGCCAUUAAGAACUCUCGGGAGAGAGAGAGAAGAACCCUAUUGCGUGCUAUGAACAAAGGCAAAUCUAAGAGUUCAAGAAAUACCCCAAACGAUACUAAAGAUAAUAAAGUUGGACAUUUAUUUCCAAAUGCAUCCCUUGAAGACUAUGCCAAACUGAAUAGAGUUAACGUGGGGCAUGAUGAUGGAGAAGUAUGUGAUGAUAAAUCUGAUGAUAGUGAGGGGGAAGUUUGUGAAGAUGAAGGUGAUAACUGUGACAAUGAAGAUUGUGAUGAUGAAGAUGAUAACAGUGUUGGUGAUAAUGAAGAUUGUGAUGAGGAUGAUGACAAUAAUGAUGAUAAUGUUCCUGGUCAUACAGAUGACAGAAAUGAAUGAUUCGGGAUUGGAGUCAGUUUCCUAGAGAAAUUACAAUCUGAUUUCUUUGCAGUCUGUUUUUGACAUAUCUGCUGCGUUUUAGGUGACACAUAUUGUGUUGAAUACAAAUUUUGGAUGAGUUGUAUCAUUAUAUACACAGAGUUUAGAUGAAUCUUGUUCGCCUAUGGGGGAUUUUUGUUUUAUUGUUGAUUUUUAAUCCACUCAAACACCGCCUGAUUCCUGAUUUGUUCUGCUGAGCGUGACCAUCAGUUCAUAUUAUUAAGUUAGUGGCUGCAUUUUGAGCCACAGGAUUCUACUUACCCAACCUAAAAUUUCCUAGUAUUAUGAGUGAUACCCUAAAUGGUUGGGAUUUGUUUUAAGCUAUGUUAUAUAAUAUUUUAUUUAGGAAGAACUUGGAAGUGCUUAUUGGUGUUUAUGAAAGUAGCUUGUGAU